AUGAAUGUUGAAAAUACCGAUACACAUCAUUCAAUCGAUACAAACAGCAUGGAUAUCAAUCAAACAAAUACAAUUAAACCGAGUGGUACCAAUGUUAAUAAUUUAUGGAAUUACAUGGAAAAACAGAUAAAUGAAAAGGCAAAGUGUGGUGUUUGUGGUGUUAUUUUAAGUCGUAAAAAUGGAGCAACAACAGGUUUACGAAAACACUUGCAUCAAGUUCAUAAACUUCAAGCAUUUGGAAUAACAUCAACAAAAUUACGUUCAAAAUCUUGUCAACUUUUACCUGAACAAAAGAAAAAACUUGAUACGUUAAUAAUCAAAUGUAUUAUUGAAGAUGGUCGAAGUUUUAGUGACAUGGGUCAAUCAGGUAUACUAAAAGUAUUCAAUCAUUUAGUGGAAGGUUAUGUUCCACCUCAUCGCAAUACAGUUCAACGUAAUUUAAAACAAUUUGAAUCUGAACAGAAAGAAUUAUUAAUUAAAGAACUGGCAAAUGUUCAAUCUUUAGGUAUUACUUGUGAUUUUUGGAGUGAUAAACGUCUUCAAUCAUAUAUGUGCUUAACUGGGCAUUACAUAUCAUCUAAUAAUCAAUUUAUUUCAAAAAUUCUUUCUUUCACAUCAUUUCAUCAUCGUCAUUUUUCUUCUAAUAUUUCAAUGAUUAUUAAAAACGAAUUGAAAGAAUUAAAUAUAUUUGAAAAAACACGUUCGAUUACAACUGAUGGAGCUGCAAAUAUGCUGAAAGCAGCUCAAAUGCUUGGUGGUGAUAUAAAACAGAUUUAUUGUAUUGCUCAUCGACUUCAUUUGGUAAUAUGUAAUGGUCUUGGGUUUUGGAUUCGUAAGAAACGCGAAUCAUCUUCAUCAGUUGUUCCUACAAUAUCAAAUAAUACAGAUGAAAUUGAUUCCGAUGAAGAAGAUUUAACUGAUGAUAUUCAAGUUGUUCCACAAUCACCACAAGCUAAUAACUCGUCGAAUAUGAUUGCAUCAUCAGACCAAUCAUUACUUACGACCAAUCAAAAUUGUAAUAUUAAUCAUGCUGAUGCUGGUGUAAGUGGAGUAUCAAUUGAUGAAGAAUCAGAUGAAUUUAUAAUGGAUAUUAUGGAUAAUUGGUCAAUUGAUAUUAUUGAAUAUAUGGAUCCAUCUGCAUAUGAUUCCAUACAACAACACAUUGUCGAAGGAAUGUUAAUGUACAAAAAAAUUAUUUACAAAAUCAAUAGUGAAAAAUAUGAUAUUGGUCUUAAUAAAAAACAAACAACAAAACUUUCUUUGAUUGAAUUAGAUCAAGAGGAUUGGAAGAUAUUAGAAUUAAUUGAAUUUGUUUUGAAACCUGUUGUACAUGCAACGGAACUUGUUAGUGGUAGCCAAUAUCCAACUAUUGGCAUGAGCUAUUUUGUUAUUUUUCAAAUUCGAGAAUUUCUCGAAGAUAUCAACGAUCAUACUGUUCACGAUUGGAAAAUAUUAUAUUAUUUGAAAUCUUUAUUAUUAAAGCAAGUUCAAAAAUAUUUUUUUGAUAAUCAUACACAAUUGAAAACUAUACAAAUGCAUUCCUAUUUCGAUCCAAUUGCUUUUGGUUGUUUAACAAGAAGAGAACAGCGUGAAUGUGAAUCGAAUCUUAUUGAAUUAGAUGAACAACUUGCCGAUGAAGAAGUUAUUGAUGAAGUCGAUGUUAAUGAAAUACAAUUACAAACCAAUACUCAACGAAAAUCUGUGGAAUCGAAAUCUUCUUCUAUGAACAAAUUCAUUAAUUCUAUUGGUAAAACAUUUUUAGCUCCAUCUUCAUUAUCAUCUAUCGUCAAAUCAAACAAAAAGAAGUUAAUGGAGGAAAUGUCCGUAUAUAGAUCUUUGGCUCAACGAGAAUAUAAUAGUAUAGUUAAUGAUGAAAAAUAUUCAAAUCCCAUGGAGUUUUGGAAUAUGCAUCGAAGUCAAUUCAAGUAUUUGUACAAAUAUGCUACUUAUCAUCUUGUUACUCCAGCAACUUCUGUCGCAUCUGAAAGUGCUUUUAGCACAGCAUCGUAUUUGUUUCGGAAACAACGAUCCAGAUUAACACCUGAAAAUUUGUCUUCGACUAUGUUUCUUAAAGAUAAAAUCGACAGUGAAUUCAAUAUAUGA